UUUCUCACCCACACCUAUCAUAUUGCUUCUGGAGAUAUGGAUUUAACCACUGGAGACUUAUGGGUUACCAUGUGAUUUUUGGAGCUUCAGAGGUCUGGUCACCAAUCAGUUGCAUUGCAAGCACCAACAGAGCUGAGACAUUCUUCUAAAAAUCUUUGUGUUCUGCAGAAGAAAGAAAGUCAUACACAUCUGGGAUGGCAGAAGGACACAUCUGCUCUCUGAUAUCCAUGAAAAUGGAGGACAUGGAAGGCAAGAUGCUCUCCGAGAAGGAUCAGAAUCCAGAGCCUUUCCUAACCUCCCUGGAUAUCUUCCUUUUCUCUCUCAUUGCUGGACUGUUUAUCUACUGGUUCUUCUUCCGAAGAAGACCAGAGCCCGUCCCAGAGAUUAAGACUGUGACCACUUCAGCAUCACAGCCCAUUUGUGAGACCAGCUUUAUAGAAAAACUGAAGAAAACUAACCGAAACAUUGUGGUGUUUUACGGAUCCCAAACAGGGACGGCUGAGGAGUUUAGUAACAGAUUGGCAAAAGAUGCCCAUCGUUAUGGCAUGAAAGGAAUGGCAGCUGACCCAGAGGAGUAUGACAUGUCCGAGCUGUCUAGAUUGAAAGAGAUUCCAAAUUCCUUGGCUGUAUUCUGUAUGGCAACCUAUGGAGAGGGAGACCCUACGGACAAUGCCCAGGAGUUCUAUGACUGGAUGCAGGGCACUGAUGACAAUCUAGAGGGCGUAAAUUUUGCUGUGUUUGGUUUAGGAAAUAAAACCUAUGAGCACUUUAAUGCCAUGGGCAAGUACAUAGACAAAAGGCUUGCUGAACUUGGUGGGAAAAGGGUUUUUGACCUGGGACUUGGGGACGAUGACAGCAACUUGGAGGAGGAUUUUAUCUCUUGGAAGGAACAGUUCUGGCCUGCAGUUUGUGAGUUCUUUGGUGUGGAGGCCACAGGAGAAGACAGCAGUAUUCGGCAGUUUGAACUGGUGGUCCAUAAUGACAUCAAUAUGAAUCAAGUGUACACAGGAGAGAUGGGGCGGCUCAAAAGCUUCCAGACUCAGAAACCGCCUUUUGAUUCAAAGAAUCCUUUCCUCGCACCUGUGACUGUUAAUCGUAAACUGAACAAAGGAGGAAGCCGCCAUCUAAUGCACUUAGAAUUGGAUAUUUCUAACUCUAAAAUCAGAUAUGAUGCUGGAGAUCAUGUUGCAGUUUACCCCACAAAUGAUGCGGCAGUGGUCAACAGAAUAGGAGAAAGACUUGGAGUAGAUCUUGAUACUGUCAUCUCUCUCAAAAACCUGGAUGAGGAGUCCAAUAAAAAGCACCCAUUCCCGUGUCCAACCACGUACCGCAUGGCACUGACCCAUUACCUCGAUAUCAACAACCCGCCUCGCACAAAUGUACUGUAUGAGCUGGCGCAGUACGCCACUGAUCCCAAAGAACAGGAAAUCAUGCGCAAGGUGGCCUCUGCCUCACCAGAAGCAAAGGCUUUAUACCAGAACUGGGUUGUGGAUUCCGAGAGGAACAUCCUGGCUAUUCUAGAAGAUCUACCAUCCUUGUACCCUCGUAUAGACCACAUGUGUGAACUUCUGCCUCGACUUCAGGCUCGAUACUAUUCCAUUGCCUCCUCCGCCAAGGUCCAUCCAACCUCUGUACACAUCUGUGCUGUGGUGGUCGAGUACACUACCAAAACAGAAAGAGUCUUCAAAGGUGUGGCUACCAACUGGCUCAAGAACAAAGUUAUUACUGACAAUGGCCAUAAGCCCACCGUUCCCAUGUAUGUUAGAAGAUCCCAAUUCCGUCUUCCCUUCAAAGCCAGUAAUCCUGUGGUCAUGAUCGGACCCGGAACUGGCAUUGCUCCCUUCAUGGGCUUCAUUCAGGAGAGAGCAUUGCAGAAAGAACAAGGAAAAGAAGUUGGUGAGACAAUACUUUACUUUGGUUGUCGCCACAAAAAUGAGGACUUCCUGUACCAGCUGGAACUAGAGGAUUUUGAGAGGGCAGGUGUGCUGACACAGCUUAAUGUUGCCUUUUCAAGAGAUCAGGAGCAGAAGGUAUAUGUGCAACAUCUUCUGAAGAAGAACAAGGAGCACUUGUGGAAAAUUAUACACUCAAAUAAUGCCCACAUUUAUGUUUGCGGUGAUGCACGUAACAUGGCUCGGGAUGUCCAGACUGCCUUCCAUGAGAUUGCCCAGGAGGUAGGCGGCCUGACACACACUCAGGCUGUGGACUAUUUCAAGAAGCUGAUGACCAAGGGACGAUACUCACAAGAUGUUUGGAGUUAAACCAACUAACACACCAAUACAUGCCACUAUACCUCAAAUGAUUUGUUUCCUUACAUAGUAUAGCUAGAGAUAAAUGUAGCGCUGAAAAUAUCUGUGUUUGCAUGCACCUAAUAUGACUGAUUUGUUUCUGUCAGGUUGUGAUGAAUUAAGUUACUGCACAGGGCCAAAUUCUUCAGUGGUCAGAACAUCACACAAAAUGGCAUUAGUUUUAAACAUUCUUUUUUGACAUUUUGUAAUAUUUAUUUUCAUACUCUGAUUCACUUUGCUGAAAAUUAAAUUAGAUGCGUUUAAUUAUAUACAAACUACAGUAAAUUAUUUUGCUGAAUUUGAACCCUAAGCAGUAUUAGAUAUCCACUUUUGAGGAAAUGUAGGUCAAGUAUGCAAAUGGUUUCUCUGUUUCUUUUUCGAGUGAGGACUUUUAAAGAAUAUUUGUGUGUAUAUAUUCUGUCAUGUUCUUUGUAUUGUUUUAUCCCUGUAUUAAAAGACUGCAAAUAUCACUUGUAAUGUAUUACAUAAAUUAUUGAGAAUUUUCUCUUAACUUUGGAUUAGGUUUUUUCCAACAUUGUAAAUAAA